AUGUAUGCAGGUACUAAAAAGUGGGGUACUGUUAAGCACGCAUAAACUGCUCUUUUCCAAAGAAAUCUAGUCACUUUGAUGUAAUCAUAAAUGUUCAAGGAGAUCAGAGCAGCAGCUCAGCAAGCUGAUAAAAAGAAGAAGGGUAAAAAGGAGGAAAAUAAGGACAAAAUAGCUGCAGCUGAGAAAAAAUAGGCAAAGGUAGCUAAGGCAGAGGAGUCUAGAGCCAUUAGAGGUAAAAAGAACAGAAAGGAUAGAAGAAAAGACUUAAGAAAGGAUAAAAGAAGAGAUUUAAAGCUGAAGAGAAAGGAAGAGAAGAUUAAGUUACAAUAAUAGCAAGAGGCUCUUUUAGGAAGCAGUAAUACCCCAAACCCAGAUUCACAAAUGAAGGAAGAAUGA